AUGACGUUGCCCAUCCUGGCUCACCUGGCACUGGUUUCCUCUUUCUCUUACAGCAUAGGUGGAGAAGUGGGGCGAGGCCACGAGGGAACUUACGUGGGCAAACAUUUCCGCAUGGGAUUCAUGACAAUGCCCGCGCCCCAGGACCGGCUGCCCCACCCUUGCUCCAGUGGCUUCUCCGUCAGGUCGCAGUCGCUGCAUUCGGUCGGGGGCACAGACGACGACAGCAGCUGUGGCUCCCGGAGACAACCACCCCCCAAGCCCAAGCGGGACCCCAGUACCAAGCUGAGCACGUCCUCUGAGACGGUCAACAGUAUGGCCGCCAGUAAGAGCGGGAAAGGCCCCGAGCGGACCGAAGUGUCAACCAAGCCAAGACCCCACAGUGAUGAAUAUUCAAAGAAGAUUCCUCCUCCCAAACCAAAACGGAACCCGAACACUCAGCUCAGCACAUCUUUUGACGAAACGUAUAUCAAAAAGCACGGACCCAGGAGGACCUCACUCCCGCGGGACUCCUCCCUCUGCCAGGUCAGCAGCCCCGCAGGGGACCCCGAGGAGGAGGAGCCCGUGUACAUUGAGAUGGUGGGGAACAUUCUCAGAGACUUCCGGAAGGACGAUGAGGACCAGAGUGAGGCCGUCUACGAAGAAAUGAAAUACCCCAUUUUUGACGAUCUAGGCCAAGACUCAAAAUGUGACCUCGACCAUCACAGCUGUUCUUCGCAGUGUGCUACUCCCACGGUGCCUGACCUGGACUUGGCCAAGUCCUCAGUGCCAUGUACUCCAAAGGGUUUGCUCUGUGACAUACCCCCGCCCUUUCCCAACCUGCUGUCUCAUAGACCCCCGCUGCUGGUGUUCCCCCCGGCCCCGGUGCAGUGCUCCCCCAACUCGGAUGAGUCUCCGCUCACCCCGCUGGAGGUCACCAAGCUUCCUGUGUUGGAAAACGUGUCUUAUAUGAAACAGCAGGCCGGGGCCUCUCCAUCCUCCUUGCCAUCGCAUGCCUCCGGCCACGCGAAAGUGGAGAAAGACCAGGCCGGAGCCCUGGGGCCAGUUCCCACCUCCUCCGUGCUCUCCUCGUCUCCUCCCCCGCCCUCCACUCUGUACCGAACGCAGUCGCCGCACGGCUACCCCAAAAGUCACUCCGCUUCCCCAUCGCCUGUGAGCAUGGGCAGGUCCCUGACCCCGCUCAGCCUCAAAAGGCCCCCACCCUACGACGCCGUGCAUUCGGGCAGCCUCUCCAGGAGCUCGCCAUCAGUGCCUCACUCCACCCCCAGACCGCUGUCAGACGGGAGCAAGAUGGUCAACGCCGCGGUCAAUACCUACGGCUCGGCUCCGAGCGGCUCCCGGUCCAGAACCCCCACGAGUCCUUUGGAAGAGUUAACCAGCCUCUUUACCUCGGGGCGCAGCCUGCUGAGGAAGUCGUCCAGCGGCCGCCGCUCUAAAGAACCUGCAGAGAAAUCCACAGAGGAGCUGAAGGUUCGGAGCCACAGCACGGAGCCAAUACCAAAGUUGGACAGCAAAGAGAGAGGCCAUCAUGGGGCAUCGUCCUCCAGAGAGCCUAUCAAAGCUCAGGAAUGGGAUGGGACCCCUGGACCACCUGUGGUCACCAGCAGACUGGGAAGAUGCUCCGUGAGCCCCACAUUAUUAGCAGGAAACCACAGCUCAGAACCGAAAGUAAGCUGCAAACUAGGGCGGUCAGCGUCCACAUCAGGUGUGCCCCCUCCGUCUGUUACUCCUCUCAGGCAAGCCAGUGACCUGCACCAGAGCCAGGUACCAUCAUCGUUAGCCAAUCGUGAUUGACUUCCUGUGAUGCAACAUGCCAAACGCUUUCCACCUCUGUCUGUCGUGUGUUGCUGUAACGACUUUUGCAUCUGCUUUUAUUUUUCUCUGUGUGUAUGGGUGGGGGUCGGGAUAAGCUGUGGCCGUCUGUGUUUUCAUCUAAAAAGGAGAUUCCUUCUUCCCUGUGAUUGGUGCAACUUUCUUUGCUGUUUGUUAUCAAAUCGUUUUUGUCUCUGGUUCCCAUCGUUCUGUAAUAUAAAUGUAAACUUGUACUAUAUGUACUGGCUUAGUGGUUGUUUUUUUAAAAUUCUUUCUCUCUUCCAUGUUUUGUGUACUUUUAUACCGUCUCUGAAAAUUUAUCAACAUUUGAUAAAUUUAUCAACUUUGUUUUAUGUAGAUUUCUUUUUAAAUGUUUU